UCGAGCAACCCUUGCUGACGUGCUCGCCUCACUUGGCGUGCUUGCUUGUGCUUGCUUGUGCUUGCUUUGGUGCCCACCAACCCACACCACCACGCUUGCCACGACCACUUUCUCGUUGUUUGGUCGCGUGCCAUCCAUCCACCCAUCCACCCAUCCACCCAUCCAUCCAUCGUUCCUGGUCCCAACGCGCGCUGCAGGUGUUCAACUUGCGCAUUGAGAGAAAGCCAGACCAUGGAUGUGGACAUCACCGUGCGCCAGCUUGCGCACCACCACCACCAACACGCCAUGUUGCGUGCGUCCAGUGCUGCCAAGUUCAAACCCACCACCACCACCGCCACAAACAACGACAGCAAUGGCAACAGCUGCGACAACAGCUUGCGCGUGCUUGCAGGCACCAACAACGCCAGUCCCGCUCCAAUCAACAGUGUUGAUAAUGUGUCGAGCCUGCACGAGCACCAGCAGCAACGACAACAACCACAACAACAACCACAACAACCACAACAACCGCAACAACAACAACAACAGCAGCGACGCCACCAAGGGCGAGCGCGCUCGAGGAGUACGAGCCCGUUCCAGAUGCAUUGUCGCUCUCGCAGUGCCACCGUCAGUGCGGGCAGCAGUGGCACCUCAAGUCGCCCGACCACCCCGACCACCGCCAUCAACGUCCGCAUCAGCACCAGCGCCCCCGCCGGCGAUACCAGCAAUAGCCACCACGACGGCGUCUCGUGUUGGGACACAAGCCGCGGAGCUGCUGAUGUUUGGCAUGGGGUUCGCCCAAACGCACCCCCACCCGCAAUAACAGGCCAAGUGCCCGAAAGUGCAGCACCGUCUCCGGUGCCCAAGCCCAACACACCACCGACAACAACGACGCCAACAUCAACCACAGCACCUUCGGCACCCAACACCAGCACAGACUUCCAGAAGACGGGCAGUGCCAGCAGAAAUCGCAGGGGUGGUGGUCGCAGCCCCGCGGCAUGUUCCUCCGCCCCAACGACCUCCUCUACUCCCCCAUCCCCUCGUUCCUGGCGCGCGGCGUCCGCCCGACAGCGCAGUUACACCAUCUCCACGUCUGCUGCGCCAUCCCCAGCCGUCCGCGCCUUCCUUGCGCAGCGCGCGCCAAGCUUCGCCUCCGGCAUCACCAGGUCCUCUCGCACCUCUUCCUCCAAUACCAACGCCACCGUGAGCGAGGUGCCCAAGGACGUGCUCCAGCGCAGCCUGCCGGCCACAAACGUGCCGCAGCGCUGGAGCAAGAGGGCGACACCAGCACCGUCGUCGGCGUCUUCCUCCUCUCCUUCACCACCCGCUGACACGGCGGAUGCGGGUUCCAACCAGUCCAACCAGCCUGACCAUGGGCCCCGACCUCACCGCGACAGCAGCGACACCACCACAAGCCACCACAGUUCCUGCUCGCACGCCGUCCCCUACUACCAGCAGCGCCUGCACCACCAGCAGGAUCAGGACACGCGUUCCGCACAGCACCACCAACAGCACACGCUGCCCACGACCCAGCGCCCUGCAUCGCCCAAGACACACCUGCAGCAACAACACCAACAACACCAACAACACCAACAACACCAACAACACCAACAACACCAACCGCCACAGCCGCAGCAGCAACAACAACGCCAACAAGCAUCGCUGUCUCGCAAACAGCGGCGCUGGCGCUCUCGCACCUUGGGCCACGCACCACGCGCCUCGGCAAAGGUGGGCGUUGCCCAGGAUUCCCGAGCCUGCAAAGCCCAAACGCUCGACAGGUCCAAGUCCAAGCGUCAAGCGGGUCGGGGCGGCCGUGGUGCGACCCUUGGCGUGGUUCCUGAUGAGGGUGCAUCACCGUCGGAUGACCAGCGCGUUGCAGUGCCAUCGGAGGAGCCGCCCGUUUGCGUGCAGGCAAAGUAUGUGUCGCACAUCGACAUGUCAUGUGCAUCUUCGCUGGACGUGGUGCAGCUGGGCUGUCGCGCCGCUGGGCGAAUUGUCUCGCACUUGACGCGCAAGGACCUGGCUGAUACCCACAAGCGUCUGGUUGUCCUGAACGCCCGCGGCCUACUCAUCUCGGACAACAACACGGGCGACCCUUUGCUCUACCUGCCCAUGCGCCACCUGCGCUGCAGCAGCACCCAGGCCGGCGUUGGCGGCAAGCUGGACAUGGUUGCCGUGGUGGAGAUUCGCGUGCAGCCGUUCCAACAGCCCGUGUACCGCACGCACGCGCUUGCCUUCAAGACACCGUCCGCUGCGCGCGAUUUCCACCACCGCCUCUCCCAGCGCAUCCAAGCGGCGGCAGAGCGGCUAGUCACUGCGUCCCGCCCCGGUACCGCAACCAGCACGUCCAUGUUCUCUCUCUUCGGCAGCGCCACCAGCACCAGUGCCACCAACACGAGCGCCACCAGUGCGGUCGGCAGCGGAGCUGGUAACGUCACCUUUACGACCCCUGCGAUGGCAAUGGGCAUGAUGAGUGUGGGUGGGACAGAUGGUCAGCGUGCCCGCUCGUACGCUGUUCGCUCCACUCCAAUGUAUCUUCCGCAUCGCCCACGCCCGGCAUGGGUUGAGCGCUUCUGAUGAUGGCCGUCUUGCUGUCUCGCUGUUGUUGCUUUGUAUGUGUGUGCAUGUGUGUGUAUUUGUGUGUGCAUAUGUGUGUGCGUGCAUGCGUGCGUGCGUGUGUGUGCGUGUGUGUGUGUGUGUGUGUGUGU